CAAAUCCAAGAUGUCAGCCUCCAUAAUAGAAAAUGUCUUGAAACAGUCUAGGGGUUAUUCACAACAUGACUUGAAUGAUUUUUGUGGCAGGAUACAGACAAACACAGUAGCUGAUAUAAAUGGGGAAGGUUUUAUCCAAAAGAUGCGUCAACUUUACCUAUUACUUCACUGUACAAGAUACAGACGAAGCAUUCCCCAAGAGCUGAUUAACAAACUCGUAAAGAUAUUGACAGAUACAGAAGAAUGCAGUUGGCGAAGUAGGGUUAUAUGUGUAGCAGUUCUUGCAGAAUUAACACCUUGUGAAGAAAUCAAGAUUUUUGAUUUCAACACUGGAUCUAAGAAUGUGCAACUAGCACAAAGUUUACAAGUUAUUGCUUCUCAGGGACCAACUUUGGGUGAUUUUGGACAAAUCAUUCCUCUGAUGGUGAGAUGGAUUUCUACAGUUGGUUUUGACCAUGAUACCCAGAUCAGAGCUCUUCUUUUCAUCAACCACAUAGCGGCAUUACAUCAGCAACUCCUCACUGAAGAUCAAGUUCAUGUUGUGAGCUCCCAGAUAGCAGAUUGGUUGGCGCAUGCCAGCGUGACGCAGUCCCCAGACCCACGCUCUAGACACCUGUUUAAAAAAGAAGAAGAGCUGAUGACAGAACUGGAUGGAACUCCAUCAAAAGAUCAAUUUACUGUGUUGUCUCUGGGAAAGUACUACAGUUCUGAUCAGAUGUUGAAUAUACACAGUUUCUCAGUGCUGCACACUUGGCUGAAAAACACCAGUAGGGCAGGGCUGUUCGUUACCUCUGACACCUCCAGUGCAGAGGAUUUAGACUCUUCUAUGACUGAUGUAUCUAGCAAGCAUAUACUGAUUGAGAAGUCACUGGACUAUUGCUUUCGACUUCUAGACCAGUGUGAAAGAAGGGUCAAGCAACCAAAGGAUUUAUCUUUGCAAGAAGGUGUGCUAAUUGAGGUGCUGUCAGUCUUAGACUGCAUAUGCCAGUUAAAGCCGGGCCACGUGACCAGGGUGUUUACAUAUGCACAGAGACUGUAUGAUAGAAUAGCUAAUGAUGCUGCACAGGCCAGAGUGGUGCUACAGAUUAUCCAGCUCUUCCUGAACCAUGGAGACAUAGCAGGCUUUAACUCAGACUCUGCCUUAGAGCAUUACUUUGGAACCAUCUUGGCAGUCAGCUUUAAGCAUCCUGCAGUAGCCUUUGAUACAGUCCUGUUCAUCAGGGAAAAUCUUGAAAUACUCUGCUACAAAACAGAUGUGUUGAGCAAAUUUUGUCCAAAUAUAUUAAAGAUCCUAGCAUGGAACCCAAGAAGCUACCUUACAGAAUUCAUUGAUAUACUUCCAGCCAUGAUAACACCAUCAACAGCAUUGGAGAUAGUGCACACCUUGUUAGACCUUGCUUGCAUGACAGCAGCAAUAGAAAGUAGUGGCAAGAUGGAAGCUAGAGACAGAGAGUCCAUGGAAAUGCCAUCUGUUGCUUUAGAGAGGCUGAAGGAAGUUAAAAACAGUCUGCAAUAUAAACCAUAUUUCAGUUUUAUUCUGAGGAAUGAGAGUGGACAUGGGGACACAAUAAGCAAGCUUGGUGACUUACAUGCAGUACUGAAAGACAUGAUGCAGUCUCCCAGAGUUUUGGUGUGUCUACAAGUGGUCCCAGUACUCCUAAAAGUUUACUUCAAGACUGUGUUGAGCCUUGGUGAUUUUGAACUGUGUAGUCAACUGCUUCCAGUAUUGUUGGAGAGGGUAGGGGUCCUGUAUGGCAUAGACCAGUAUCGGAAUGAUAUCAAAAAGAUUUUUGCUGAACAGCUUCAAGCCUUGGUGAAAAAACACCCACAGCUUGUACUAGAACAGCACCCAGAAAUCCUGGAAUACGUUGGACAAAUCAGAAAUAUCACAGACAAAGAGGACUUCUUUAUUCACUUGGUUUGGGUUGUUGGUGAAUAUACCUCUGCAACAUAUGAUCCCAGGUGCACCCCAGAGUUGGUAUCCAAGACCUACGAGACUUUAGAAACUCUUCUCUAUGAGCUCUCUGGACUGAUGAGCGCUGUUGCCUCUGAAAACGAGGCACCGUAUUCUGUCAGACUGUUAACUGUGAUGAUGUCAGCUGUUGCCAAGCUUGCUUCAAGGUGCCAGGACCUAAUUCCUAGAGUCUUGUUGUGUUUGACUAAGGUGGGUCAGCAGCACAGGGAUGGAAAUUUGGAGGAGGAGAGCAAACAAGUCCUGCUGGCCAGGGCUAGUGAGCUGAUUAAUCUGUUAAAACUCCCAAAUGUUGCACCUGUGAUUCUUAGCCCCUCUGCAGAGCUGGAAACUGGCAAAUGGCACACAGAAAACACUUCCCUUCCUGUCCUAUUAAGGGCUUCCAAUGGGAUUUUGCAAAACAUAUUAUGAACAUUCAGAUGAAUUGGUUCAAGUGUUUUAUCCAGAGGGACUAUGCAAAUGUUUAAUGACCAUCCAGUGGAAUUAUGCAGAAUGUCAACAUCAAAGAAAGUAAAAUAUCAUCAUACCCAAUUGGUUCUGAAACUUAUUUUGACAGACACGGCAAAAGGAAGUUGGACAAGUGUUGUAGAAAAUACGAAAGUGGUUUAGCUGUUGAAAACCCCAUGUGCAAUAUUCAGUCAUUUUUACUAUUUUAUUGCAUGAGAGCUUGCAGCAUUUGUAGGAUAAGCUGUUUAGUCAACAUGGCUAAUAACAUUAUUCAAGAAAGCACUUUGCAGGGCACUUCUUAAUUUUGAUUAUUUUAAUAGUAAUGUAUUUGAGACAGUAUUAUCAGGGAUAAGAUUUUUCCUACUAUCAGUGGACUUCUGACUUUUGGGGAGCCAAAAACAUCAUUGGCUUUUUAACUAUUUUUAAAUAGUUAAAACCUCA